CUAGCAAGCAUUUGGAUCUAAAAUUCUGGAUGACAUCUGAAAAACCUAAGCUUCUCCAAUUCAAAAUACAUAUUCAAAUUCUCAUUUCUGAAUCUCUCUUUCUCUCUCAAAAAUCCCCAUGCAAUGUCUCAAUCCCCAUUCAAUAUCAUCCCCAUCCAUAACCUUCUAACAGACCACCCAUCUCUUCGUUACCCAGAAGUCCGAGCUGCACAAGCCGCGCUUAAAACAACUGGGGAUCUUCGAAAACCUCCUUACAUUCAAUGGAAUUCAAACUACGAUCUUCUAGAUUGGUUGGGUUUCUUCUUUGGGUUUCAAUCUGAUAACAUAAGAAACCAACGUGAACAUCUUGUACUUCACUUAGCUAAUGCUCAAAUGCGGCUUCACCCACCUCCUGAUAACAUUGAUUGUCUUGAUCGUGGUGUUCUUCGUCGAUUUAGGAGAAAAUUGUUGAAGAAUUACUCACUUUGGUGUAGUUAUCUUGGUCGGAGAUCUAAUAUUUGGAUUGUUGAAAACCGUCGUCGUGAGGAUGAUUUGCGUCGAGAAUUGCUGUAUGUUGCCCUUUAUUUGUUGAUUUGGGGGGAAUCUGCGAAUUUAAGGUUUGUUCCUGAAUGCUUGAGUUAUAUUUUUCAUCAUAUGGCUUUGGAAUUGAAUAAGAUUUUGGAAGAUUAUAUUGAUGAGAAUACUGGUAGGCCGUAUAUACCUAGUAUUACCGGUGAACAUGCUUUUUUGAAUAGAAUUGUGAAACCAAUUUAUGAUACAAUUAGUAAAGAAGUGGAAAAUAGUCAUAAUGGGACUAACCCUCAUAGGGCUUGGAGAAAUUAUGAUGACAUUAAUGAGUAUUUUUGGAGUAGGAGGUGUUUUGAUAAAUUGAAAUGGCCAAUUGAUCUUGGCAGCACUUUUUUUGUGGUUCAGGGUAGGAAAAAUCAUGUGGGUAAAACUGGAUUUGUUGAACAACGUUCAUUUUGGAACCUGUAUCGAUCAUUCGAUCGAUUAUGGGUUAUGUUGGUUUUGUUCUUGCAAGCUGCUAUUAUUGUUGCCUGGGAACAGGAGAUUAAUAGGAGAGGAUACCCUUGGAAUUCGUUAAGAAAUACCGAUGUUCAGGUCAAGUGUUUGACAGUGUUCUUAACAUGGAGUGUGAUGAGAUUCUUGCAGUCCCUUCUUGAUAUUGGAAUGCAGUAUAGAUUGGUUUCUAAGGAGACAUUAAUGGUUGGAGUUAGGAUGCUUUUGAAGUGUGUUACUGCUGCUGUUUGGGCGAUCGUUUUCGGAGUCUUUUAUGCUAGAAUGUGGAGUCAGAGAAAUCAUGAUAGGAGGUGGUCGCAUGCUGCACAAACCCAUAUCAAAAGUUUUCUGGUUGCUGUUGCUGUUUUUGUUCUUCCUGAGGUUUUAGCUUUGGUUCUGUUUAUCAUUCCUUGGGUUCGUAAUUUUGUUGAGCAGACGAAUUGGAGGGUAUUUUAUAUGUUUACUUGGUGGUUUCAGACCAGGAUUUUUGUUGGCCGUGGGCUGAGAGAAGGUCUUAAUGAUAAUAUUAGGUAUACUCUCUUCUGGAUUCUGGUGCUUGCUACUAAGUUUGUGUUUAGUUAUUUUCUGCAGAUUAGGCCUAUGAUGAAACCCACAAAUGCUCUUUUGAAUCUUAAGCAAGUUCGAUAUGAAUGGCACGAGUUUUUCCAUGGAAGCAACCGGUUUGCAGUUGGUCUUUUAUGGCUUCCUGUAGUUUUCAUUUAUCUGAUGGACUUGCAAAUAUGGUACUCUAUCUACUCGUCGUUUGUUGGUGCGGCAGUGGGGUUGUUUUCUCAUCUGGGUGAGAUCCGAAACAUGCAGCAACUGAGGUUGAGGUUUCAGUUCUUUGCUAGUGCAAUUCAGUUCAAUCUCAUGCCGGAGGAACAGAUGUUGAAUUCUAGUGGGAUUAGAAACAAAUUUAAAGACGGAAUUCAUCGGUUGAAGCUCAGGUAUGGGCUUGGCCGCCCCUAUAAGAAACUUGAGUCGAGCCAAGUGGAGGCUAAUAAGUUUGCUUGGAUCUGGAAUGAGGUGAUUAAUAUCUUUAGGGAGGAGGACAUUGUUAGUGAUAAAGAAGUUGAGUUACUGGAGUUGCCUCAGAAUACUUGGAAUGUUCGGGUCAUCCGAUGGCCAUGUAUACUUCUUUGCAAUGAGCUUCUCUUAGCUCUUGGUCAGGCAAAAGAGCUGGUUGAUGCCCCUGAUAGAUGGCUUUGGCAUAAGAUAUGCAAGAAUGAGUAUCGUCGCUGCGCUGUGAUAGAAGCUUAUGAUUGUAUCAAACAUUUGCUGCUUUUAAUCAUCAAAAAGGGUACUGAAGAACAUUCUAUCAUUCUGGUCAUGUUCCAAGAAAUCGAUCAUGCUAUCGAAUUUGAGAAGUUCACCAAGACAUAUGAUUUGUCUGCUCUCAGAAAGAUCCAUGAGAAAUUGAGUGCUCUUGUGAAUAUAUUGGUUCAACCCAAGAAGGAUGAUCUCAGCAAGGUGGUCAAUGCACUGCAGGCCCUCUAUGAGACUGCUAUACGGGACUUCUAUAUUGAAAAGAGAAAUAUAGAGCAGUUAAGGGAGGACGGGCUGGCUCUUAAAUCUACAUCCGGGAAAAUCUUGCUAUUUGAGAAUGCCAUUGAGUUGCCCAGUAAUGAUGAUGAGGCCUUUUACAGGCAACUUCGACGUUUACACAUCAUCCUAACUUCCAAGGACUCCAUGCACAAUGUCCCUUUGAAUCUUGAGGCGAGACGCAGGAUAGCUUUCUUCAGUAACUCUCUCUUCAUGAACAUGCCUCACGCCCCACAGGUCGAGAAAAUGCUGUCGCUUAGCGUGCUGACACCUUACUAUAGUGAAGAGGUUUUAUACAGUAAAGAACAGCUUCAAAAGGAGAAUGAAGAUGGGGUUUCGACCCUAUUUUACUUGCAGACUAUAUACAAUGAUGAGUGGGAGAAUUUCAUGGAGCGUAUCCGUCGGGAAGGCAUUGCAGAUGAUAAAGAACUAUGGGAAUCUAUUAGGCUCUGGGCAUCCUACAGAGGCCAGACUCUUGCUCGUACGGUUAGAGGGAUGAUGUAUUAUUAUCGUGCCCUCAAGAUGUUAGCUUUCCUUGAUUCUGCAUCUGAGAUGGAUAUUCGAGAUGGGGCGCUUGAUCUUGCUAACAUUAGACAACAGGGCAGUAGUGUGGGUGGAUCUAGAACUGAUAGGCUACAAUCUUCGAUAAGUGGUAGGAGUCUAAGUCGAGCCAGUAGUUCAAUCAGUCUACUCUACAAGGGUCAUGAGAACGGGACUGCUUUAAUGAAAUAUACCUAUGUGAUUGCAUGCCAGAUCUAUGGUGCACAGAAGGCUGAGAAGAAGCCCCAGGCUGAAGAAAUACUGCAAUUAUUAAAGAACAAUGAAGCUCUUCGUGUCGCUUAUGUUGAUGAAAGACCUGCAGGAAGAGACGGGAAAGAGCACUACUCUGUUCUUGUAAAGUAUGAUCAGCAGUUGGAGCGGGAAGUGGAGAUAUAUCGAGUCAAGUUACCUGGUCCUAUUAAGCUUGGCGAAGGCAAGCCGGAAAAUCAAAACAGUUCCAUCAUAUUUACUCGUGGGGAUGCCGUUCAGACGAUUGACAUGAACCAAGAUAACUAUUUUGAGGAGGCGCUUAAGAUGCGAAACCUGUUGGAAGAAUUCAAGCAUUUUCAUGGUAUUAGAAAGCCUACUAUCUUGGGGGUCCGUGAGCACAUAUUCACUAGUGGUGUUUCUUCAAUUGCUCGAUUCAUGUCAGCGCAGGAAAUGAGCUUUGUGACUUUGGGGCAACGUGUUCUUGCGAAUCCUUUGAAAGUUCGAAUGCAUUAUGGUCAUCCUGAUGUCUUUGAUAGAUUUUGGUUCCUUACUCGUGGGGGUGUUAGUAAAGCAUCGAGGGUCAUAAACAUCAGUGAGGACAUAUUUGCUGGCUUCAACUGCACACUGCGGGGUGGCAAUGUAACACACCAUGAAUACGUCCAGGUGGGCAAGGGACGGGAUGUUGGGCUGAACCAGAUAUCUAUGUUUGAGGCUAAAGUGGCCAGUGGAAAUGGUGAGCAGGUUCUGAGCAGAGAUGUAUAUCGGCUGGGUCAUAGGUUGGACUUUUUUAGAAUGCUGUCGUUCUUUUACACGACGGUUGGCUUCUACUUCAACACGAUGAUGGUCGUGCUGACUGUUUAUGCAUUUUUGUGGGGCCGCUUAUACUUGGCUUUAAGUGGGAUCGAAGGUUCUAUCGAGGCAAACGCUAGCAACAACAACACUGCACUUGGUGCCAUCUUAAAUCAGCAGUUUAUCAUCCAGAUGGGUCUGUUCACUGCCCUUCCGAUGAUUGUGGAAAAUUCUCUCGAGCUUGGAUUCCUGAACGCCAUCUGGGAUUUCAUCACCAUGCAGCUGCAACUUGCAUCUAUUUUUUUCACUUUCUCGAUGGGUACUCGUACCCACUACUUUGGCCGGACAAUUUUGCAUGGAGGUGCCAAAUAUCGAGCUACUGGUCGUGGGUUUGUUGUGCAGCAUAAGAGUUUUGCAGAAAACUAUAGACUUUUUUCACGCAGUCAUUUCAUUAAAGCUAUUGAACUGGGGCUAAUACUUACUGUCUAUGCUGGUUUCAGCCCAGCAUCAAAAGACACAUUUGUUUACAUAGCUCUGACCAUAUCAAGUUGGUUCCUAGUGGUAUCAUGGUUAAUUGCUCCAUUUGUGUUCAAUCCUUCUGGUUUCGACUGGUUAAAAACUGUGGACGACUUCAGUGAUUUCAUGAAUUGGAUGUGGUAUAAAGGUGGGGUGUUUGUGAAGUCUGAACAGAGCUGGGAGGCUUGGUGGUAUGAGGAACAGGAUCAUCUUAGAACAACUGGUUUAUGGGGGAAACUCCUGGAGGUGAUAUUGAAUCUUCGUUUCUUCUUUUUUCAGUUUGGAAUCGUAUAUCAGCUGAGUAUUGCUGCUGGAAGUCGGAGUAUUCUCGUCUACUUGCUUUCGUGGAUCUACAUUCUCGUGGCCAUUGCAAUUUUUGUCGUCAUUUCAUAUGCUCGAGAUGUAUAUUCUGCGAAAGAUCAUAUCUACUACCGUCUGAUCCAGUUCCUGGUUAUCGUCUUGAUUAUACUUGUGAUAGUGGUGUUAACAAGGUUCACGAAUCUGGAAUUUAUCGACUUAUUUACUAGUCUAUUGGCAUUUCUUCCAACCGGCUGGGGACUCAUAUCUAUUGCUCUUGUGCUUCGAAGAUUUCUUAUGAAAACUGUCAUUUGGGACGCUGUUAUAGCAAUGGCUCGUCUAUACGAUAUCAUCUUCGGUGUCAUUGUUAUGGCUCCUGUUGCAUUUCUCUCUUGGAUGCCUGGUUUCCAGUCUAUGCAGACUAGAAUCUUGUUUAAUGAAGCUUUCAGUAGGGGUCUUCGGAUAUUCCAGAUUUUAACCAGCAAGAAGGCUUAGUUUCUGACUUCACACUUGAGAAUUUUUCAGCUUUAAAAGAUGAUGCCUUGAGCUAUUGGGAACGCAUUUUACUGGUGAUCUAAGACGGGCAUUAUGGGGUCACGGAAAGGUCAGAGUAUAAUCUCAGUACCACUUGAUAAUCGUUUACAUUUCGGUUUUUAGAGCGUUUCAUUGAUAUCUGCUUGGUGUUUCUGAAGUGAUCGGAAUAAUCCCUGAUAGACCGUAUCUUUCGUUAUCUUGUAUUCGGUGCAGGUUUCACAUAGGCGUUUGUGCUGAAACUACUCGGUAGUUGAAGGUAUAUUCUCGGUUUUGUGCAGCGUGAUUGGAUAUUCGAUUGUCUUGUAAUUACUUAGCUGUUUUGUUUUGUAAAAUUCCACCUGCUUGUUACUGUCUGCUUGUUCCUUCUGUUUCUGGUUCAGUAUAGGAUUGUCUUGUUUUUGUUGCACAGUUAAUGUAGCUUGAGCCUGCUGCCGUAUAUUCCAAUUCAUUCUCACCAUUCGUUGUAUUUAAGCAUGAUUUGGGUUCCCA